AUGGCCGGCGAUAUGAAAGCGACCAGCGAUAAUCGGAUAGUAAUAAUUGGCCGAAAAAGGCGACGAAGGGAAAUCUGUCGAGCGCCACCUAUUAACCUCAGAGAUCAAGGUCAAGACCACGCCGCCGAGAUACGAAACGCUUUGAACGGGCCGUCGAUCAUGAGAAUGCCGUCGCCGGCCGUUGUGCGGAGACCAGGUACAAAGCAUUGUUCUCUGGCUGCCGGGCGACCGGGAGGAAAUUACCUCGAAAACGGCCUCCACCGACCGACGCGAGUCGUUGGUGGGCAGACCUGA